AUGAUCUAUCCAUUGCCACAACGCCAGAUGAAUCUAGAUCUAAGGGACAUUCGCUGCACGGCAGAGUUUUCUGAUGAUUGGGACUGGCCAUUUAACCCCAAAAAUUCUCGAUCAAGGCGGCGGAGGUUUGCCCAUAGCGGGGAAAGAAUCACGGGUUUCACUGCAGUCUUCUGUGAUGACUGGAAAGACUGGGAGGAGCAGAGGGACAAGGCAUCUGCUGGCGGUUAUGCACGCGCGCGCCCACAGAGCUCGCAAUCUCGUCCGGGUCAUGAGAGCUGUACACGGAAAAAAGAUACGAAUGACUUGGAUAACCGUGAAGACAUCAACGAUCUCUCCGCUACCAACCCUCGGUGGCAGAGGCAGCAUGGGGGACAGAGCAACAUUGAAGGAGCAUCGGCUUCGCUCCAGCCAGCACCAUCCAACCGCCACACAGUACCCGACUUGACUGAAUGGUGGCCUCUGCCGCCAGCAACUCUAGAGGACAUCGUUCCAUCAUUUACCACUUCCGUUGAUGACAGAGACACCGUCAGCAUAGGGCCCGCAACACCGUCUUACUCAACGCCAAGAAUAUCGGGUUUGCCAUGCCCUAUGCCGGUGGACAUGGACCCUCACGCCGAAGCACAGUGGUCUCAGUUCCCUACAACGGAAUAUCACCUUCCUGCGCUGACAGACCUGAUUACUACGGGCCGAGGCAGCGCGAUGCCGUCAACCGAAGACAUGCCCGACUAUCGGCUGUUUCUGACGGACGGAUCGAGUUUAGAAAAUGGUGGUUUUGACUACUGGGGCGAGUUGUUAGAAUGCAAUACCAGUCUUGAUAGCUGGUGCGCGAUCCAAAGCCGGGAUGGGAUAGGGAAGUCCGCGGUCGAGCAUAACUCCCAAGACGUGAUGAACUCGGGGCUGGAGAGCGAGAUAGGUCGAAGAAUCUACUCUACCGAAGACAAAUAUAUAUAG